CUGUAGUGGCCUGUAGUAAACCAGGUUCCAAUCCUGGUCAGAGUAAUGUGCCAAAUCACAUUGUUACGGUGAAAGAAUUUUUUGUCUGAAUGACAAUAUUUUAAUAAUACAAAAAUUACGAGCAUUUAAUGAGAAAUAGUAAAAUUAAUCAUAAGCUCUUAUACAUUAACUUAUGCAUAUAAAUUAUAAAAUUUUCAUCGUUCAAAUAACCAUGCCGAAUAUUUUAGUAUUGCUCAAUCAUUGCGAUUCGAUGUGGUGCAAUGCAUAAAUGAAAUGGAUUAAGACCACUAAGGAAUUUGCCACGAAUAAACAGCAUGUUAAUAAAUAGUCAGCAGAUUCCUGAAUACUAAAGCUAUAAAUUGAAGAUGCAAUCACGACCUCCCGCUCGUAAUAAUUUGACAGUCAAACUGGAGUGAAAAUUUAAUUCAACAUGAACAUGAGACUUUAUUCGUGUAUAUUAUUUUGUGCAUUGCCAUAUCUAACAUCUGGAGGUGCUCUGAGAACUAAUAAUGCUCUUACAUGCAUUGAACUAUGCACUGGUUGCGAUGGAAUAGCCACAUUUGAAAACGGAUACUGUGAAUGUCAAAUCGAUAAUGAUAAUAAGAAAGGAACUGAGUGCGUUAACAGAAUGAGGAGACAGGGAGGAGAACUAGGAAUGGAUUUGGUUUCUUGUGAUGAAUUGGGUGGUGACCGUCGUGCACGCUGUUUACUUGCUUCACGAAGACGUUUUGGUGCUGCCGAUGCAGAUCUUGUGGCUAAAUACUUUAUGAAUGGUGGAGCUUUGUCUGCGCUGUCACCCUUUGCACUAGGAAGCAAUUCUUUGAUCGGUGCUAGUAAUGCUGCAGAAGGUAGUUACAAUCAAAUAGGUACAAAUAAUAAUUUGAUGAGUGCACCUGAAAAAGCAAAAUCUUCACUUCAAAAUUCAAAUCAUGGACAAGAAUCAGUCGUGGGAUCACAAUCCAGUAAAUCAUCAGGAAUGUCUCCUAUAGUGUCUCAAACUCAUCAAUCUGCUUUGCCUGGAAUGCCUCUUCAGUCAGUAGCAAUGAAUAAUCCUUCGGUAGCAACUUCAAACAUGCAGUUUGGAAAUGCACUUCAGCACAUGAUAGGUGCAGCAAACCCUUGGUCAGGUCCAAUGAUACAAAAUGCUUUGGGCAACCCUCUUGCAAACUCCUUGGGCAAUCCUAUGGGCAUGUUAGGACAAUUAGCAAAUCCAAAUGCUCUUAUAGAAGCUGGUGCUGCAAUGCUUAAUCCACACAAUCUACAGGCUAUGUCUAAUAUGCUACUAGGACUGGGUAACGUUCCAGGAUCAGGUAUGAUGGGCACAGCGAAUCCUAUGGCAGCUUCGGGUCAUUCGCUAGGUCAGCAGAUGGUUGGUGCUACUCAUGAGGAUCCUAAUCAAACAAAUAUGGUUGGAUCUGUUCAACAAAAUAUGGUUGGUAAUGCACCAUUGGGAGCAACGUGUCUGGGAUCAUCUCAUCCACAUGGAUCUGAUAGUAUGCUUGGUGCAUCUAAUGCAAACCAACAAUUGGAUGUAGGAGAAUUGCAUCAAAUGCAGGGACAUUCCUUCAUGCAAAAUCCACAAUUGGGCGCUGCUAUUCCGUCGUAUGCAUUUAACGCACCUCAGUUUAAUAGUGGAAAUCCACAAUUAGGUGCUGGUAUUCCUUCGUAUGCAUUUAGCGCACCUGAUUUUGAUAGUGGAAAUCUACAAUUUGGUACUGGUAUUCCUUCGUUUGCAUCUAAUAUACCUCAGUUUAGAGUUGGAAAUUCACAAUUGGGAUUCCCAAAUUUCCAAAAUCAACCAAUGCCUGGGUACAAUUCUCAGUAUAAUUCUUUCGUCGGAGCAUCAUCAGGGGGAUCUUCUUGUGCAGAUCAGAGUUCAAUUGUUGGACAAUCAAAUCAAAAUAGCUCUCUCAACAAAUCUCAAGAAUCUGAACCACCUAUAGUGGCAAAAUCAAAUUCAGAUGAUAAUAAUGAUCCUGAAACUUUAGAGAAAUCUAAAAACCCGGAAAAGAAGCUCAAAAAGUCGUUAAAGGAUUCGAAAUUGGGUGCUGCCCUUUCAAAGAAAUUAAAGGAUAUAGUAUCAGCUCCAAAUCCAAAUUCCUCAAAGAAGUCAAAUGCUGAUAAAGAAACUGAUUCAACAUGCAAUUCUGAGAUAAGAGAAAGUUCAUGAAGUGAUACUCCAACUAAUACAAAAUAAUAUUUCAAUAUGUAAAUCUAUACAAUUGUAACUGUAAUUUAUUUAUUUAUAUGAUAUGUCAUAUGUAAAAUAUGAGAAAAUGCAUGGACUUUAUUCAUAUGUAAUAUCAUAAAUUAUUAAAUAUAUAUUAACAGUGUUAAA